AUGGCCUGGGGGAAUCGCUCUGUGCUGACCAACAUUGCGCUCCUGGCUUACCCCAGCAGCCCGGGGCUGCGCUUCCUGUUCUUCCUCGCGGUCAGCCUGGUUUAUACGUUUAUCAUCUCUGGGAACGUCCUCAUUGUGGUGUCCAUUCGCACAGAAGCCCGUCUACACACCCCCAUGUACUGUUUCCUGGGCAGCCUCUCCGGGGUAGAAAUAUGCUACACGGCAGUGGUGGUGCCCCACAUCCUGGCCAGCACCCUGCAGUCGGGGAGGACCAUCUCCCUGCUGGGCUGCGCCGCCCAGAUGGUGUUCUUCAUCGGACUGGGCAGCGCUGACUGCUUCCUCUUGGUUGCCAUGGCCUACGACCGCUACGUCGCCAUUUGCCAUCCCUUGCAGUACCCCGUCAUCGUGACAUCGGCUCUUUGCAUGCGCUUGGUUGUGGCCUCUGUGGUCAUCGGUUUGUUGCUGUCCUUGCAACUGGCAGCCUUCAUCUUUUCUCUGCCAUUCUGCAGGUCUCGGGGUAUCGAGCAUUUCUUUUGUGACGUGCCACCGGUCAUGCGUCUUGUCUGUGCCGACAGCCACAUCCACGAGCACUCGGUGCUCACGGCGGCCACACUGGCCAUCGCUGUGCCCUUCUUCCUCAUUGCCGCCUCCUACGCCUGCAUAGUAGCCACGGUGCUCAAGAUCCGCUCGGCCGCUGGGCGCCGCCGGGCCUUCUCCACCUGCUCCUCGCACCUCACCGUGGUGCUGCUGCAGUACGGCUGCUGUGCCUUCGUGUACCUGCGCCCCAACUCCAGCUACCGCCCCAAGCAGGACCAGUUCAUCUCCCUGGUGUACACACUGGGAACCCCACUGCUCAAUCCGCUCAUCUACACCCUGAGGAACAGUGAGAUGAAAGGGGCCAUAGGGAGACUUCUAAGCAGGAAUUGCCUGUCCCAGAACCUCCAGGACAGGGGAGGGUACCACCUAUCAGGCGUAAGUUCGGUUCCAGCCACGUGA